AAAUCAAAUUCUUGAAGUUUCUUGUGCGUGGCUGGCGUGGAAAGCAGGUUUCAAGAUGAAAAUGCGCCAUAAAAUGGCCUGUUGGCAGCAGAUUUUAACCAUUUUGGGAUCUUCCUCCUAUCCGGACUCAGAAUGGGCCACCAUCUUCGCUGCUUUUCUGGACACCUGGGACAAUCCCUACUACAUCCAGACGAGCACGGAUCCAAACAUACCGAUAAAGACCGAAUAUCUGGUGCGACCUAGCAAAGCUUUUCUGGAGUCCCUUGCCAAAGGGAGCGCUACUGGACGGAAGACUUCAGAGUUCCUUGAACCAUCUAGUUCCAGCGUCCCUUCUUCUCGGUCUAAAGCCACCAAUCCCGGCAAGCGUCGCGAUACCAUAUCGCACUCAGUUCCUCCCAAAACCCCUAGUUCAGGCAAGCGGCGUGAUACCAUUGCGCAUUCGGUUUCCGGUGCUUCUGCCGAAGAGCAAAGGUCUUUAAGUGUCUCCACUGCUAAGUCUCAGCUAAAAAACCCUCGUCAUUCCGAAUACGCCAAAAUCGGGACUCCGCGCAAAAGUCGAGAAUCGAUUACAAAAGUUUAUUCCAAAAAGAUCCAAAAGGCAUCUGCUUCGACGGAUGAUAAAGUCGCAAAUGCCGUUAAUCGCCGAAAAUCACGUGCUAGUGUUUCCACAGCUAACUCCACCAAGCGCGAAGAGUCUUGCUCCUCGUCAGACGAUUCCAAUUUGAGUUCCACAAAGAACCGAGAUACCUGUGCCUCGCAGGAUGUUUCUACUUCGAAGCCACAUAAGUGUCAAGAAUCACGCGCUAGUCCAUCUACAACUAAUACCAUCCAGCGCAGUGAGUCAUGUUCCUCGUCCGAUGAUCCUAUUUUUGAUGUCCUUAAGCGCCAAAAUACAUUUGCCUUGCCAAAGGCUUCGGACUUGAAUCCCACCAAGACCCGGGACUCAUGCGAUCUUAUAGAUGAUGUCAUUAUGAAUCCCAUUAGGCCGAGAGCUUCAAGUGUUUCCAAGACAACUAAUCGCAGAAAAUCAUGUGUUCCUGUUGAAGAUCACAAAGCUUCCUCAGCCCAUUCCAUUAAACGUCGAAACACUUGUGUUUCUACAAAUGCUCCGCAAGUCACAAACCGCAAUCUGACAAAGAGACGUGAUACAGUAGCUAAUCCUAUCAAGAUCACACAGCAGCCCGAGAUUUCCUUCCCCCACGGAUGUGAGCAAUCAAGCGACGAAGGCGAUGACCAACUGCCCCUUUCCAAAUGGUUGAUAAACAUGAAAGUCAAACAACAACAAAAACCAGCACACGUGGCCGUCGCUAUUCAAAAGCAGUCGCCGACUCAAUAUUGCAAUGCUUUACCACUGCAAGAGAAGCGCAAAAGAGGACGCCCCUCAUUGCAGGAGAAGGCUCUGCAGCAGGCCAGGUUAGAGGCGGAGCUCUGGAGCACUAUGGAGCAGCCUACGAAGCCAGCAAGCAACUCUUUAUUGAUCGGACAGAAAAAGCAUUUGGCAGAGCGGCCAGAGAUAACAAAAAAGACCCAGAAGCAGCCUCAUGAAAACGAUCAGCAGCUGGUCAACAUGGAGACGGAGAUCGGGGAAGCACAGCAGCACAUGCAGAUACCAAAGAAACACCAGACUAAACCAUUGCUGAAAGGUUCACAAAAGCAGUUGAAGGAAUCACAGAAAAGGCUUAAAGCGCUUCCGCUGAAAAAAACAAACCCACAUAAAUGGCUGAAAACUCCGCAGACUCUGGUCAAGCCAAGCACUCAUUGCGAGACAAUUCAACAACCACAGAACUUGUCAAAGUCAUCGGGAAAAAAGAAGCCACUAAACUCACGCCUUGAACUGAUCGCACCAAUCUCAACGCACCACAAGAAAAGGACCUUGUCAAACGUAGGCGUAAAAGCAAUAAGCGCCAAAACACCGUUGAUGCCAGACCACACGCAACCGAAAGCGAUCAACUUGAAACGCGCAGAGGUCGGUGAAUCUGCUGAGAAGGAUGCGGGCCAUAAGAACAAUCUUUCCGAGGGUCAGUCGAUUAGGAGACCCAGCCAUCUCUGCGAGCAUAACUACAACAUGGCUGUCGACAACGAUAGCCGACGAGGACAACCGGUAUACGCGUCCAACAAGUUGGAUGAGGAUCAGUUGCAGGACGACGACAUGGAGCUAACCAGUCCUGUGGGCGGUAGCGAGGCCGGCGAAGGUAUCCAGUUAAUAGAAGAUGGGGAGUGUGUCUUCUUUGAUACACCGAGUGAAAUGUUCCGUGAGGUGGAGGAGAUGGAACGCUGUCUAGAGAUCUUUAACAAUAAAACGCCCAGCGAAAUUGAUAGUCAGCUGGUCCACACCACUGAGUUCUUCGAAAAGCUGACAAGUUCGACAACGGUAGAGGAAAAUAAAGCCGAUUUGGCCGGCGUCUAUAUGGGGGAGAAAGAAGAAUUGGACUACGAGGACGACGACGACGAUGUGCUCUCGGUGGCUACUUCCUGGGAUGGGCUCGACGACGAGACUCCUCCUGAGCCGAAACCAGUUGAGAAAUUGCAAACCGCCGAGCAGAAACCCAAGCCCAUGUCGAAACCCUCAAAAGAAGCGCCAGAGAGAGCUGUCGGUGCAGAAACUCCAAAGGUGCAGAAUGUGAAAACAUUCCGUAUACCAAAAGUGAACCAAGAGGUAUUAAAGACACAGCCCUCUGUGAUGCGAUCGCUUUACGAGCGCCAGGAGACUGCAAAAAAAAAUAAGCAAACGGCCAAGCAUGUUUCACCGCUGCAGGUGGAUCCUACGCCAGUGGCAUCGAAUCGCCAGCAACGCGAAGAGGCAACCGCUGCUCGACGGGUGAAAGAGCCAGUGCCCGUUUUUGGUCCACCCUAUCGCGUGCCUUCGGAAGCGACAGUUCCGUUGGUUAAUGCCAGCAGCAAAGAGUUCACACCCCAGCUACCCGUUGCCCAGCCUCCACAGGGUAAUAUCUGGUUAAGAGAAGUGUUUGGGGUAAAGUGCAUGCAGUCUCUGGACAACAGGUGCCGCACGUUCAACUGCGAUCAUACGUUGAACAGCUUGGGCGAAGUCCAGAGGCGUCUGAUCAAGAUGGAUGAGGAGGCAUUGUUGAGCGCCUAUCGCCUGAUGCUGCGAAGCUUUUUUAUGUUCCAGACCUACUUCACCUCAUUUGUGGACAUUUUUGAAAAUCGCCAGCUCCGGCAGCAGCUGCUUUAUAUGGUGGGCGACUGUCGCUUCUACAAAGACAUUGCUGCUCCUUUGCUGGGCCACGUCUAUUGCGUCCUCCAAAAAUGCGGAAUGCAGGAAGUGGCCAUUGGCUGCAUAAUGGAACACUUGUGGCUGCCAAGCAAGGCUCACAAGUUUCGAGAUAUGACAGUGAUGGUGUUGAAUAUUUUGUCCAGCGCCAACUGGGAUAAAUAUAGCGAUAAGCUGGCGGAACUCAAGGAGCUUUAUGGAUUUGAGAUACCGAUAGAAAACUUGAUCACCAUGCUCAACUCUUCUUUAGACCAAGGAGAAAAAUUUGCAAAAGCCUUAACGCUGAUAACCUUACAUCAAGAAACUACUUGCCGCAAUAAAACCAUUCUGUCGAUCCUAUCAAACCGCAGUGAAAAUGCAAUCCGGCGACAAUCAGUGCCGGAUUGCGGUGCUCCCCUGCUUGUUCCACCACAUGCUGCUGGUCAGCCGUGUCCACCAUUUAGAAGCCACCCCGUAGUCCCUAAUUUUAGAGAACCACCUCUGCCAAUAAACGCCCAUAACUUUAAUGGAAACAACGGAUUUCAUCAUCCAAAUCACUUCCCUAACAAUUUAAUUACACAAUAUAAUCGAAUUUAAUUAUCUAUGAAAUGAUCUGAGCAUCGAAUUAUACUUUUGUUUUGACAUUUAUCAUACUCUUAACCAAAUGAAAAUACCAAGUUUAUUUCUAACCCAUUUUUUACAAAAAUUUUGUAUUGAAACGAUUAAUAAAUGAAAAGUGUAAUUGUUA